CUUAAACGGUCAGUCGUUGAACCGGUUUGAAAAGUUGGAAAUAAAGGGUGUGCUUUUGAAACGACUCAUCGGGUGACGGGAAUCAGGGAUGUCAGUGAUUAUCGACGAGUCUGGUGCUUCCGUUUCUUUCACAGUGAGAGUCUGCAAAACCGAAGAGAGCGAGAGAUGGGUAUAAAGAUUGGAGGGCAAAUAGAGAAGGUGAAUGGUAAAGAACUGGGCUAUAAUGAGUUCGUUGAAAGAUAUUUAGCAAAGAACCAACCAGUAGUGCUAACGGGUCUCAUGGACGAUUGGAGAGCUUGCAAAGAUUGGGUCACUGAUAGUGGCCAUCCCAAUCUUCAAUUCUUCUCUACCCAUUUUGGCAAAUCCAAAGUUCAGGUUGCGGAUUGUGGGACUAGAGAAUUCACGGAUCAGAAGAGAGUAGAAAUGACGGUUUCAGAGUUUAUUGAUCAUUGGGUUGAAGGUAAUAGCAACUCCCUGCUAUAUUUGAAGGACUGGCAUUUUGUAAAGGAAUACCCAGAAUAUGUAGCAUACGGAACCCCACUACUUUUUUGUGAUGAUUGGCUUAACCUGUAUCUCGACCAUCAUCGCAUGCAUAAGGAUCCUGACACUAAUCAAGAAAAUGACGACAUAAGUUGCUCUGACUAUCGUUUUGUUUAUAUGGGAGCAAAAGGAUCUUGGACUCCUCUUCAUGCAGAUGUUUUCAGGUCAUACAGUUGGUCAGCGAAUGUUUGUGGGAAGAAGAAAUGGCUUUUUCUGUCUCCUUCCCAAUGUCAUCUUGUAUUUGACAGGAACUUGAAGAGCACAGUUUAUAACAUUUUUGACGAUGUUAGUGAAACAAAAUUUCCAGGUUUUAAGAAGGCUAUCUGGUUGGAAUGCAUUCAGGAUCAAAAUGAAAUUAUCUUUGUGCCUAGUGGAUGGUAUCACCAAGUUCACAAUCUGGAAGAUACAAUAUCAAUAAACCACAAUUGGUUCAAUGCAUACAACCUUUCUUGGGUGUGGGACUUGCUUUGGAGAGACUACAAGGAGGCAAAGGAGUACAUUGAAGACAUUAGGGACAUCUGUGAUGAUUUUGAAGGUGUCUGUCAACGCAAUCUUGCAGCUAACACAGGCAUGAACUUUGUUGAUUUUUAUAUCUUCCUAGCACGUUUCUUCUUGGCUAACAUUGUCCAACUCUACUUCCAACCCAGAGACAAUGAAAUUUCACUCAGGAGUUGCUCCAAAGUUACUCGAAAUUUAAUUUUUAAUUUAGCAUCUAUACAGAAAAUUGCACUGAAAAUGAAAUCCACUGGAGUUGUUAUUGGAAAUCAUGGCUUCUUCUUGGAUUUGAAGGACACUUUAGAAGAUGAACCUGAGUUUCUUAAACUGUGCAUUGAUGUGGGCAGAGUUUAUGGGAUGAUAAAUGAGCAGCAGAUUUGGAAUAAAGAUCCAAAGAAAGCUUUGGUAGUUGAUAUUUUGGGCUAUAGUUCUUCCAUCCGUACUCUUGAAGAUUUUGUUAAAUUUAUAGAUUAUUCUUUAGCAAAACUUAGUAACAUUUGCUGUGAGGAAAAGAACUUGCCGUCUACAUAAUAUGUUGGACAGCUAGUCGGUUGAGGGUUAGCAUUCAGUCAGAGAGUUUUCUCCUCUAGGAGAAGAUGGUGCUUAUUGUUUCUCAAAGGCAAACAUGGCGCAUGUCUACCUUUUGCGAGUUGCAUGCCAUGGUCAUAGAUGUAAAAUUGAGAAUCUAGUGGCAGAAGCCUUGCUAGCAAUGCAAUUGUUGUGCUUGUGCCCAUGGAGUUUCUUCAGAUAGAGGGUGUAACUGAGAUGGAAGGCCAACAGGCGUAGCUGGUUUACUGUUGUCAUUGUUCUGUAGAUUGAUAUUUUACAGAAGAAAAUAUGUAAAUUAUCCUUGAAUUUGCCUGUAUUUGCAUUUUCUAUUUGCUUAUUUAAUACAAGCCACAGUAUAUCUGGUUAAUACCACAACUAGGACUAGGCAAAGUUUAGAAUAGGACAUUUUAUUUUAAAAUUGAAAAUUUCUCAUUACUAUAUUUGAAAGCAUUGCAAUGAACACCAAAGGUAUCUGGUUA